AUGCCGCCCGCCAAGGCCGGCGGCAAGGAGGCGUUGGUGCUGCAGUGCGAGUGGGAGGUGUGCACCUACGUGGCCUCGAAGAUGGAGGAGUUUUGCGAGCAUGUGUCCCAGCACCUGCAGCGGCACGUUCCCGGGGAACACCGGGAAGAGAUGGACCCUCUCGAGGAAUACACGUGUUUGUGGCAGUAAUGCGGUUUCUGUUCCCCAGAGAGCUCAGCUGACCUCAUUCGCCACGUCUAUUUCCACUGCUACCACACCAAGCUGAAGCAGUGGGGUCUGCGGGCCCUGCAGAGCCAGUCAGAUGUGAGCCAUUGCCAGCUGGACUUCCAGAGCCGCAAUAUUAUCCCUGAGAUCCAGGAGAACUUUCUGUGUCUGUGGGAGUACUGUGAGAGAUCAUUUGAUAAUCCCGAGUGGUUCUAUCGGCAUGUGGAGGAUCACAGUUUCUGUUCGGAGUACAAGGCAGCAGGGAAGGAGAACCACGUGGUCCUCUGUGGCUGGAAAGACUGUGAUUGCACCUUCAAGGGGCGCUGCAAACUGCGGGAGCACUUGCGCAGCCACACGCAGGAGAAGGUGGUGGCCUGCCCUACCUGCGGGGGGAUGUUCGCCAACAACACCAAGUUCUUUGACCAUAUCCGCCGUCAGACUGCGUUGGACCAGCAGAGGUUUCAGUGUUCUCACUGCUCCAAGAGGUUUGCCACAGAGAGGCUGCUCCGUGACCAUAUGAGGAACCACGUGAACCAUUACAAGUGCCCUCUGUGUGACAUGACCUGCCCGCUGCCCUCCUCCCUGCGCAAUCACAUUCGUUUUCGGCACAGUGAGGACCGGCCAUUCAAGUGUGACUACUGUGACUACAGCUGCAAGAAUCUCAUUGACUUGAGGAAACAUCUGGACACGCACAGCAAAGAGCCAGCCUAUCGCUGCGAGUUUGAGGCUUGCAGCUUCACUGCACGUUCCCUCUGCUCCAUCAAACUGCACUAUCGGAAAGUCCAUGAGGGUGACUCGGAGCCCCGGUACAAGUGCCAUGUCUGUGACAAGUGCUUCACACGUGGAAACAACCUCACUGUCCACCUCAGGAAGAAACACCAGUUCAAAUGGCCCUCGGGGCAUCCUCGCUUCAGGUACAAGGAACAUGAAGACGGCUACAUGAGGCUGCAGCUGGUGCGUUACGAGAGCGUGGAGCUGACAGAGCAGCUGCUGAAGGAUAGAGAGAAGCGGGGGGAGGCACUGGAUGGCUCAACUGAGUGUGUGGUGCUGUCUGAGGGUGAGGGCAACCUGCAGGGCAUCAUUCUGGAGGCCCCGGCAGAGGCUCCCCUGGUGGAGAACAGUAUCGCUGAGCUGCAAGUGGCCCCGCUGCGCCCAGCCCCUUGCUCUGCUGACAGCCCUGAGCCAGCACGGCCGAGUGCCUUCCCAGGAGCAGCGCUGUCGUCAGGGCAAGAACCCAGCACCCCGGCCAACCCCAUCAUCCGUGUGGUGAACCGCACCAAUGAACAUGGGGAGAAUGAGACUGUGUAUUAUGUCAUGGCCAACACAUCCUCGGAGGAGCAGGUGGCAGCGCCUGGCGGGCUGGCUAUGGAGCUGGAGGAGAAUGUCAUGGACCGUCUGCAGAAGACAGCUGAGGAGCUGGGCAUCCAGAUCGUGUGAGGUGCUCACCUGCCUCUACAUGAGGAAGACUUGGGCCUCCAUGGGCUGUGCCGGUGGGGGAGGUUGGGAAGUGCUUGGGGGAGAGG